AUUUGAACAGUCCGAAGCGCGCGCUCCACCGCGGUGAAUUAUGGGAGCCGCUGUUUGGCGCAUUUCCGCUCCCAUUGUGCGCGUGAGACGGUAAAUAAGAACGAAGCUGUAUUCAAAACACUCUUUAAAACAUCGUUUUCAUAAAGUGAUUGUGUGACAGUAUGGCCCGUACUAAGCAGACCGCCCGUAAAUCCACUGGAGGAAAAGCCCCUCGUAAGCAGCUAGCAACUAAAGCUGCCCGUAAGAGUGCCCCCUCUACUGGAGGAGUCAAGAAGCCCCAUCGCUACAGGCCCGGUACCGUGGCUCUGCGUGAGAUCCGUCGGUAUCAGAAGUCCACUGAGCUGUUGAUCCGCAAGCUUCCGUUCCAGCGUCUGGUCCGUGAAAUCGCUCAGGACUUUAAAACCGACCUGCGGUUCCAGAGCGCUGCCAUUGGUGCCCUGCAGGAGGCCAGUGAGGCAUAUCUGGUUGGUCUGUUUGAGGACACUAACCUGUGCGCCAUCCACGCCAAACGUGUGACCAUAAUGCCCAAAGACAUCCAGCUGGCACGUCGUAUCCGUGGAGAACGCGCUUAAACAUUUUUCUCUUUAUACCUGUUCUUCUCGUCUUUAACCUCCUUCUCUUUGUCUCUCUCUUUAUUAUUUUGCUGUUUAUUGGUAGUUUUAGAGCGUCAGUCAUGGUGGUGGUGGUGGGGGGGGUGAUGUAUGUGGUUGUUUCUGUUUUUUGGCAGCAGACUAUUAAGGGUGCUUCUUGUUUGCAUGUACCAGCGUGUACCUGAUCAGCCUCAAACACACACGAACACACUCUCUGUCUAUCUGACAUGAGUGAAGAUCAAAUAGAUUUUAGACAGGGUCAGAGGUCAGGGCUGAGUCUGCGUUUAGAGGUUAAAGGCCUCUUGUGCAAGGUGCUAGAACAGCCCUGAUCCAUCCCAGAAUCCCACAGACUGUUGGUACUCUAAUGAAUAUGCGUCUGUGUUUGGGGCUGUCAUUGGGCACAGUGAUUUGUAUACAAGCAUCUCUCCAGCAAAUGUUUAUUAUUGCUAUAUUAAGAAUUGAAUGAUUAAUGUUUGUUUCUUUUUUAAACGCAUUAAUAAAAGCUUGUUUCGUAAAGCUAAAGCAUAUUUUUCAAAGAAGAGAAAAUUCAAGAGGUGGAGAUUCCUAUAAAUAAAUUUUUACAUUGCAAAUUAUUUUUGUUUUCUAAAAGUUAAAAUACAGAUUAAACACGUGUGAAGGGAUAUUACCCAUAAUUCUGUUCCACCUCUCUGUGUGCGUUCUGAUUGGCUCCAUGGGCAUAAGUUUGCCUGUUUAUUGGGACUUUUAAUAGGAAAUUGCUUAAGUGAAUAAAUACAUGGACUUGAUACUGUUUCUCAGUUUUGCCAAGUGACUGUUUAAUUUUGAAUUUAUUAUAAUUAUUAUUAUUAAAAGAACAGAAGUUUUUUAAUCCACAUCUCCAAGCACUGAUGUGAUUCUUCAGGCAGAUGUGUAUUUCUGCUUUAUUUGGUUUGUUUAUUUGUUUUCUUCAUUGACUACAGAAUAUUCAGGUGUUGUUUAAAUAAAAUGAUCUUUGUAAUUUGACAAUACUCCUAUUAUGUAAUAAAUGGAUGUCACACACA